AUGAUGCAGGGCCUCACAGCCAACUCUGCUGACAAGGAGGCUCAUAUUGAUGACUUCGAGAUCCUCCACACCAUUGGUGAAGGCACCUUCGGUAAAGUGAAGUUGGCCCGGCACAUUCUGACCGGGACACAGGUGGCCGUCAAGGUCAUUAAGAAAAGGCGUCAGAGCUUCUCAAGUGUCCAGGCACUUUUCCGGGAAGUGUGCAGUAUGAAGGCUCUGAAUCACCCCAAUAUUGUAAAACUGCUGGGGGCGAUUGACACGGAGGAGACUUUUUUCCUGGUGAUGGAGUACCUCAGUGGGGGGAACAUGUACCGCUAUUUGAAGAUCCAUGGCCGUAUGACAGAGGCGGAGGCCCGAGGCCCGUUCCAGCAGCUGGUCUCCGCCCUGCAGCACUGCCACCAGAGGGGCAUCGUGCACCGGGACCUGAAGCCAAUGAACCUCCUCUUUGAUUCCAACAUGAAUAUCAAACUUACAGACUUUGGCCUCAGCAACAAGUGUGAUGACACUGGCCAACUGGACACGAUCUGCGGCACAGCCCCUUAUGCUGCCCCGGAACUCUUCCUGGGGCAGAGGUACAGCGGCCCUGCGGUGGACGUGUGGAGCCUGGGAGUAGUGCUCUACACCAUGGUAACUGGGUCCCAGCCCUUUGUGGGAAAAGACUUCCAGGAGCUGCGGAAGCAAAUCCUACAAGGGCAAUACCCCAUCCCACCUUAUCUGUCUUUGGAGAUAAGGGAUCUAUUACAAAAAAUGAUUGCCUUCAACCCCAGUGACAGAAGCACCUUACCUGACCUCAUGAGGCAUCCAUGGGUGAACAUGGGCCAGAAGGAGCCACUCCAGCCACCCUGUGAAGAGGACCUGGAGGUGACAAUGGUGAGGACUCUGGGCUUGACUUGCGACCAGAUCCAGGACACUGGAACAGGCAGUGUGAGCUCCAUGAAACCCAAGGUGGGGGUCUCCAUCAUAACUGUGAUGCCCUUCUCUUCCGGGGACCUCAGUGGCAGUGAACUUGAGCCUUCUCCAAGCCCUGUGGUGUCCUCCCUGCAAACCAGGUGGCUCUACCAGAGAAAAAAUGUGCAGCUGCAGGAAGACCAGCAGGCAGGGCAGAAGACCGGUGAGUCUGCCUGUCCCCCACCCAGCCUGGAGUCGAGGACUGCCACCCCCAGCCCAGCCCCCCAGUGUGGCACUGGGACAUCCACCUCCAGCAGCAGCAGGAUUGGAGCCCCAGAGGGAACCAGCUGCCCCCUGGGUGUGUCCAACACUGGAAGGUCCUCCCACACUGGGCAGCCUGAGAGUGUGUCCUCAUCCACUCUCUCUGGCCACAGCCAGAAAAAGCAAGGGGUGGCUGGGAGAAUCUGGAACUUUAUUUUAAAACAUCUUUGUUGCAAGCUGCCCAGCAAGAGGCGUCAUAAUAAAGUGAGCCCAUGUGAACCCCAUGGAUGA